CUCUCUCUCUCUCUCUCUCUCUCUCUCUGUUUAUAUAUAAAAACUGAUUUCUUUACAGCAAGAGUAUUAUUCACAAAGCAAACCCAUUUCAAGUUUUCUCUCUUACCCAACUAAUCCCACACUCUUCUUGUUCAUUUCAAUCAUCAUAAUCACCGUAAUCGACUUCUUUUUUGUGGAUUUCAUCAUCUGUUUAUAUAUAAUCCUUAUUCGUUUCUCCAUUGAUUCCUUCGAUCUUAUGAAUGUGGCUUCAUUCCAGAGUUGCAAUUGGGGAUUUUUGGGUGUUUCGAUUGAUGCAGGGUUCUUGUAAACUCCAAUUACCCAUUUUUGUUACAUAAUGACAGCAUUGAAUCAAGAAGAUAGGAGUACUCAAAGAUAUGGUUUGGGGACAUUUGGGGAUGAUAAGAGAAGGGUCAGGGUUAGAUCUUUGAAGAAGAAAACAAUGGGGGCAUCAACGAGACCGAUGAACUCAUUCAAAACGCGAAGUAAUAAGCGUGUUUUGAAUUGCCAAUUUGCUUCGAUUUCGAUAGAUGAUGUUCGAGAUGAGGAGGAAGAAAAGGUAGUGAAUGCUUUUCGCCAAAUCUUGAUCGAAAAAGACUUGCUUCCCAAUCGUCACGAUGAUUACCACACACUAUUGAGGUUCUUGAAGGCAAGGAAAUUUGACAUUGAUAAGGCGGUCCAAAUGUGGGCGGAAAUGCUCAAUUGGAGGAAAGAUUAUGGUGCCGACUCUAUCUUGCAGGAUUUCGUAUAUGAGGAAUUUGAAGAGGUUCAAAGCUACUAUCCUCAUGGUUAUCAUGGGGUCGAUAAAGAGGGACGGCCCGUUUAUAUCGAAAGACUAGGCAAGGUCGACCCUAGUAAGCUUAUGAACGUAACGACGGUUGAAAGGUUUUUAAGGUAUCACGUCCAAGGUUUCGAGAAAGCUUUUUCCGAGAAAUUCCCGGCUUGCUCCGUUGCAGCUAGGAGACAUAUAGAUUCUUGCACCACCAUAUUGGAUGUUCAUGGAAUGAAUUGGAUGAGUUUUGGAAAAGUCGCACAUGAUUUGGUGAUGCGAAUGCAAAAGAUUGAUGGGGAUAACUAUCCCGAGACCUUACAUCAGAUGUUCAUCGUGAAUGCUGGUAACGGAUUCAAGUUAGUAUGGAAUACGUUGAAAGGGUUUCUUGAUCCAAGAACGACAUCAAAGAUUCAUGUUCUUGGCAACAAGUAUCAGAACAAGUUGCUGGAAGUUAUAGAAUCAAGCCAAUUGCCGGAUUUUCUUGGCGGGAUUUGUUCAUGCUCGAAUGACGGUGGAUGCUUGAGGUCGGAUAAAGGUCCUUGGCAUGAUCAAGAAUUGAUGAAGCUAAUUAACACGGGAGAUGUGGAGAAAAACGCUAGCUUUUAUGAUGAUUCCAGUUUAGAGGUGAAGGCGAUUGUUUCCGAGACCACGAGACAUCAAAUCUCCGGCGAGUCGAACACCGUGUUCCAAACUCAUGUUCCAAGAAGAUCGAUGUCUCUCCAUCUCAGGAACUUGGGAAACAAGUCGAUUUCUUACGAUACCGAAGUUGAGCAAGUAGUUUCCGGUACUCCGAUUGAUGUUGGUCCGAGAAAUGAUAUGAUACAAACAAGAGCGAUGGAAGAGCCGACUGUAAAGAGAGUUGUCGUGUUUUUAUACAAAGUUUUAGCAUACAUAUUUCUUCUUGUUUUCCGUCUUGUGAAAUUUUCGGCAAAAAAUAUCGCAAAGUCGUUGAGCAACGGGCAAAACGCACCCGAGUUUGUGAAUGUUUCGAGUCCUCUAAGAAAGGACCUUUUGCAUCCGUGUGAAGAGAAGCUGAUACAACUCGAAGCAAUGGUGGCCGAACUUUCGAGUAAACCUUCGAGAAUUCCGCAAGAGAAAGACGAGAUGCUUGCGGAGUCGAUGAAUCGUAUAAGAUCGAUGGAGUACGAUUUGCAGAAAACGAAGAAAGCGUUAUUUGCUACGGCUUCGAAACAAAUGGAGCUCGAGGAGUCGAUAGAGACACUACGAGGGGAUACUUUAAAUAGAACAAACUCGUGUUGGGUGAGACGAUCAAAAUCAUCCUCGAGCGGAAGAUGGCAGUGAAAAUGAACCCGAAUUCGGCCAAACUUUUUUCAACGAUACACUUAUCGAAAUUGGAAUCGGUCUUCACAAGGUCGCCUCGGACGAAUAUUCUUGAUUCUCGGGCAUUGGAACGCUCGUUCAAAACAUGAGGUUUCUCUCAAUAUACAUACAUACAUACAUAUAGGCGUACAAAAACAUGAUUUGUUCGUUCUUACCCUCUCGGGUUGAUAAUUCAAGGCGUUUUGCAACGAUCUUUCAAAGGUUUUUUUAUGGUUCUAAAAGCGGUAUAUGCAUACAUGUUAAUAAAUAGUUUACAUAGAAUGAGAUAACUUGCCGGGAAAAACAUGUCGAUGGGAAUAGGUCGACGGGUUUUUUGGCGUUUGUUUUUCGGUUCGAGAUGUAAUUGUUACCGGAAGUUUAUAAGUAUUGUAACGAUUCGAUCGUUGAUCGAACCCGAUUCUUGCAAUAAUAAA